UGAGCGGGAGGCGCGAGUAAUCUGGUCGGUGGUUUCCCUCGCGGGGGCCGGGCCCCGAUCCGGGAAUCGAGGCCGAAGCCGGUACCCUGGUUAGAGGAGAGGAGCAGGAUUCCCUCAGGGGAGGAAUCCAGCCAGGCAGGGGGUAAAGUCUUAUUCCAGCCUAGUUUCGCUUUCCGCGUGCCCCGCUUUACGCUCCCGGCCCUGCGCAUCCAGCUGCUUCCUCUGCGGCCGCGGCCGUGCCCUCUAUGCGGGCAUAGCUCUGUCCUUUUCUACCCCAACCAGACAGCAGGGCGAGGCGGCCAGAGCAGCUGAUACCCCCGAGGGCUGAAGACAGCGUGAGGGGGUGCUUCUCAGCUGCCACGGUUCGGUAUCCGGGAGGAUGACCACGCUCACGCGACAGGACCUCAACUUUGGUCAAGUGGUGGCCGACGUGCUCUGCGAGUUCCUGGAGGUGGCCGUGCACCUGAUUCUCUACGUGCGUGAGGUCUACCCGGUGGGCAUCUUCCAGAAGCGUAAGAAGUACAACGUGCCUGUCCAGAUGUCCUGUCACCCGGAACUGAACCAGUAUAUCCAGGACACGCUGCACUGCGUCAAGCCGCUCCUGGAGAAGAAUGAUGUGGAGAAGGUAGUGGUGGUAAUUUUGGACAAAGAACACCGCCCAGUGGAGAAAUUUGUCUUUGAAAUCACACAGCCUCCGCUGCUGUCCAUCAGCUCAGACUCCCUGCUGUCUCACGUGGAGCAGCUGCUCCGGGCCUUCAUCCUGAAGAUCAGUGUAUGUGAUGCUGUCCUGGACCACAACCCCCCUGGCUGCACCUUCACAGUCUUAGUGCACACGAGAGAAGCUGCCACUCGCAACAUGGAGAAGAUCCAAGUCAUCAAGGACUUCCCCUGGAUCCUGGCAGAUGAGCAGGACGUCCACAUGCACGACCCCCGACUGAUACCCCUAAAAACCAUGACAUCGGAUAUCUUAAAGAUGCAGCUCUAUGUGGAAGAGCGAGCUCAUAAAAGCAGCUGAGGGUGUGCCUGCCCGUGGAUGCCACAACCAACCAUCGGACUUUGGGGGCCCUCGCCUAGGGCAGUACUGCAGGGCCACCCUGAUUCCAAGUGCUCUUAAUGCCUCUACGUAUGGACCCCUGACCCUCCAGCCUGGGGCUGCUCAGGCCUGACUGCCUUCAUGGAGGAAUUCUCCCCAGGAGGGCAAUGAAGGGCACUGGGACCUCGAUUUCUCAGCCUCCUGGGAUUCAGCAGGCCAACGCUGUCUGUCUCAAAUGCUGUGCUGUGAGUUGUUUCAAUAAAGAGCCCCAAGGGCUGAGCUG